CCGGGGACGGAGGUAGUCAUGCCCGGUCAGGUGGACUUACCGUCUGCUGAGGAGCUGUCAGUGCAGGAGCUUGAUGUCAGCUCUGCUGUUUUAAAAGCAGCUGCCCAUCACUAUGGCUCCCAGUGUGACAAGCCCAAUAAGGAGUUUAUGCUAUGCCGCUGGGAAGAGAAGGACCCCAGGAAAUGUCUAGUGGAGGGAAGAAAAGUGAAUGCAUGCGCCCUGGAUUUUUUCAGGAAAAUCAAAACUCAUUGUGCAGAGCCUUUUACUGAAUAUUGGACUUGCAUUGACUAUUCCAAUCUGCUAGAACUCCGCCGCUGUCGCAAGCAGCAGGCAGCAUUUGACAACUGUGUCCUUGACAAGCUGGGAUGGACAAGACCCGAACUGGGAGAUUUGUCCAAGGUCACUAAGGUGAAAACAGACAGAGCUUUACCAGAUAAUAUCUAUCACUCAAGACCAAGGCCUGAGCCAAACCCUCCAAUUGAAGGAGAGCUAAAACCAUCAAAAUAUGGCAGCAAAAUGUUCUUCUGGACCUGGUAGAUUGCAAAUAAUUUUGUUCACUUUCUGUUCACAUCUUCUGCUUGGACCAGUGUCAUUAUCUUAUGUAUAAUGCAAAUAAAUUAUUAAAACCUUA